AUGCCGCAACAGCAUUCCCACUACUUCAUUCUCUCCCCCUUUGGCCUAACUUUCCUCACUGGCUAUCGCCAAAUUUGGAGAUGCCAAUUCUUUUUGAAGGCUGACGUUGCAAAUAAUAUCAACGCCGUGGAACUGCUUUCGCUACGGGAUCCAGGACCAUGGGGCGGGCCUGGUGGAAAUCAAUGGGACGAUGGGGUUUUCGCAGCAGUACAGAAAGUCCAUCUCUAUAUUGGAUAUGGUUGGAUACAUGCUAUCCAGGUCGAAUACUUGAAAAGAGAUGGCAAGAAUAUUUGGUCACCAAUGCACGGCACUCCCAUUGGUGAAUUGAUCGAAAUGAACUUCGCUGGGGAGGUACUAGUUGGAAUCGAAGGGCAUUGCGGUCCGGUUGAGGGGGAAAAUGGAGUUGGUGUGACUAUAACAUCUAUUUCCUUGUACACAAACAGGGGAAAAUAUGGUCCUUUUGAGGAGGAAAUUCAAAUGAGAGGGGCAGAUCGUAUUUUAUUUCAGGGCUCUCUGGGAAGGUGGUUGGAUUCUUUGGCAAGAGUGAGACCUAUUUGAAUGCAAUCGGAGUCCACAUAGAAUAUCGUUGAAUGUUUACACCGGCGGUGUAAAGAAUUUAUUCUCAUCUUUAAUCUUUUUCUUUUUUUUUCCCUUUCUUUUGUUGCCAACCAAUGACUCCAGACUUGAACAACUCU